AUGUUACUUGUAACCUUUCGACAAGUGUCGUACUUGACCAAGAAACACAGUUAUUACGACAUUCUUGGAGUAAAAUCGGACGCUACUAUAGAGGAAAUUAGAGCGGCAUUCGUUAAGAAAUCUAAUGAGCUCCAUCCAGAUCGUAGUUCAAAACCGCAGGACAAGCGUCGUGGGUUUCGGAGAAGUUCUAAUACUGAGCUCUUUAUUCAAGUAAAAGAAGCGUAUGACUGUUUGAGAAACCCGGAAAAGCGCGCUGCAUACGAUGAUCAGUGCAUAGUUCGUGCUGGAUACCUGAAAGAGGCUACGCAUUUGAAAUUUAAAGAAGAUACAAUUAUUGAUCUUAACAGAGCAAGAAAUGACAGCUAUACAGGACCUCGCGGUCCAAACGCAGAGGAGUCACAUCACUUCAGAGAUUUUGAGGAAGAGUAUUACCGAGAGAAGUAUAAAAACCGUAUGUUGGUAGUAUUAGGAGGCGUCAUGGUUUGCCUAAUUCUGACUAAUAUUGGCUAUAUUUGGUAUUUACGUCGUCACCGACUUCAUGAUGCUGCGAAAGGACCGUUGCUUAUGUUUCUAUGUACAAGUCAAAACGGAUUAGGUAUUUGUCGACGAGUGGUUUGUUCAGCGCAGCAUGUACGAUAUGUCAGCACGUCUUCUUCGGUCAAGGAUUAUUAUCAAGUUCUGGGUGUUCAGCGAGAUGCAACUCAACGUCAGAUUAAAGUCGCAUAUUACCAGCUAUCAAAAAAGUAUCACCCAGAUGUUGCUGGACACAGUGCCGGCUCAGAAGCAAAGUUUAUUGAGAUUACUGAAGCGUACGAGUGUUUGAAGGAUCCAGAGCGGCGUCGCAUCUACGAUAACGGAAUGUGCGGCACCGGUGAACGACAUGCAAAGGAUCCAUACAAUUUUAGGGAUUUUCGGCAAUACUCUGGGCGACGUAGUGGGAAUCCUUUCUAUAACAGACAGUAUACGCAGCAAGAAUAUCAGCGGGUUUGGGAACAGUUUAAUAGAAUGCGAUCAGAGAGGGAGUCAUAUGACGCUCAGAUGAGGCGAGAAACCGAGAAGAUAUGGGAAGAGUUUGCGAAGCAGCGAGCUGAGAGGUGGCAGCGAUUCCAUGCCAAGUAUCCCGAUGGCCCACCGGGUUCGAUUAAAUACGAAUGGAGAUGGACCUCUUCUAAUCCUACCGUCAAUCGAAAUAUCACGUUUUUCACCAGAGUUACUGUGAUAUACAUGAUUCUUUUCAUGGUGAUCACAAUUUUGCAAGUGAUUUCGCAGCCUUUUGUUAGUUCAAAGAACUGGCCAAAAGAAAGCAAGCCAGAAAUCCAAAGCGAAGAACCAAAAGAAAACAAGCCGCGCCCAGUGUUUAAUUACAUGAAUCAACCACCUGGAUAUAACGAUGAUUGGAGCAGCGUGAUCAACAAUUCUUAUCCGGAGAAUGAAACGUUUGAGUUAGGGUACAAUCCGACAUCUCAACCGUCUUCAUAG